AUAAUUUAUUUUUGUCGUUAGUUUGUGUUUCAUAUCACAUAAUCUUCUGAAAUUCCCAGCAAUUCAUAGCAUGCUUUCCUGAACCAUUUAUUUCCCAGUUACUUGCUUCUGGGUGUGUGAUUGAAUGCCCAAUUUGUAGUAUCGUUUUUUGAAUGUUGUUGCGAGCUGCCAUUGAACAUUUGAACUCCUAGAAAGGUAUCAUGCCAGAUCCUUUACUUCACUCAUUUCAUCUUUGUGGAUGCAAUGUAGAAGUCGUUUUUAGUGGAAAUGAUAGAAGGAUAUAGUUUCACAGGUCAAUAUCUAAAAAUUCCCUGUUGCCUGCAUUUCUUUUCUUCAACACCAUGGCAAAAACAGUCGCUACUAUUGCUGUUAUAACGCAACAAACAUUGUUGUCGUGAAGCUUUGCUAACCCUGAUUGAUUGGCUCUAUUAAUCAUCGGUUGGAAAAGUUUCAUCACAUCUAAUCCAUGUCAUGAACAAAUCAUUUUUUUUUUGAAGAAAGUAAAACAAUGAAAACGAUCAGUCAACUCGAUGAGAAAGUGUGUGAUUUUAUAUCAAUUUGUAUAGAUCAGGACAAGGGGUUUCAAAAGGUAAGUUCAUUGUUUUUCAAGUAUGGCAUGCCAUUUAAGCCAAAGUAAUGAAGAAGUAUUAUAUACCUAAAAUAAUGGUAUAACACAUUGGUUUUGAAAGUUCAUUGUUAAUGUCAAAUUUUUAGUAUGAACGGAAUGAGUUAAAGAAGUAAAAGUUCAUUCACCAAAUAUAUGCUAUUUGAUGUGUUUCUGCUAACAGUUUGUCAUUCUGAAUAUGUUUUUGCUAACAGUGCUUUGUGAAUGGCAUCUGAUGCGUCAGAGAGCAUUGGGCAAAAGCCAAAGAUACAGAUAUAUUCGACACCAAAUAAUGAAGUCACCCCCUUCUGGAAAGAGAAAUAUGAAAGGGAUGCUAAGAAAUAUUGGGAUGUCUUCUACAAACGUCAUCAGGAUCGGUUCUUUAAGGAUCGACAUUACUUGGAUAAAGAAUGGGGGCACUAUUUCUCUGAAGCAGAGGAAAAGGUUGUUCUAGAGGUUGGAUGUGGAGCUGGAAACACCAUCUUUCCUUUAGCUGCUACCUACCCUGGUAUAUUUAUCCAUGCUUGUGACUUCUCACCUCGUGCGGUUGACUUGGUUAAGGCACAUAAAGACUUUGAAGAGGCUAAGAUAAAUGCAUUUGCAUGUGAUCUGACCAGUGAUGACCUGAUCAAGCAUAUACCUCCAUCCUCAGUUGACAUUGUAACAAUGAUAUUCGUCUUAUCCGCAGUAUCGCCUGAGAAGAUGCCUCUGGUACUGCAGAACAUCAGAAAGAUUAUGAAGCCAAAUGCUUACGUAUUAUUCCGUGACUAUGCGACAGGAGAUCUUGCUCAGGAAAGGCUUACUUGCAAGGAUCAGAAGCUCAGCGAAAACUUUUUUGUCAGAGGUGACGGAACUCGUGCAUUCUACUUCUCUGAGGAAUUCUUGACAAGUUUAUUUCAACAAAAUGGGUUCAGCACUGAAGAAUGUGGUGUGUGUUGCAAACAAGUAGAAAAUCGUUCACGUGAGAUAGUAAUGAACCGGCGUUGGGUCCAAGCUGCUUUUUGUCUUGACGGUGGCAAUGGUGAUAUCCAUGAAAAAAUCUCAAAGAAGCCUGAAGACGGACCUGAUAUCGACAUAUCUGAAGGAUUUGCUUUUGAAAUGUUUGGCAUCUCUGCAUCAAACGACGAGAUAAUGGAAUACAAGUUAGGAGACUGGAACUUUAAAAUCAAAAUGCUAUCGAAAGAGUUCCAGCACACCUGCAAAUCUACAGGUUUGAUGCUAUGGGAAUCAGCUCAACUCAUGGCCUCUGUUCUUGCUUCAAACCAAACCAUCAUUUCAGGGAAAAAGGUUCUGGAGCUAGGAUCAGGCUCCGGAGGAAUCUGCUCAAUGAUCGCCACCGAAACGGCUAACCUUGUGGUCCCCACAGACGGAGACGAGAAAGCACUGGAGCUUCUUCGCGAAAACGUCGCUUCAAAUCUUGAAGAAUCUUCACGGGAAAAGCUACAUAUCAAGAAACUAACAUGGGGUAACAAAGAAGAUAUAGAAUCCGUCAAGAAAUUGGUAACUGGCGAAAAGGGUUUCGAUGUUAUUAUUGGAACAGAUGUAACUUACGUUGCCGAAGCGAUAAUACCAUUGUUUCAAACUGCAAGAGAGUUGAUUUCUACAGAUGGAGGAGGUAACGAAGAGGAAUCGACACCAGCACUCAUAUUAUGCCAUAUUUUUCGUAGAGUUGAUGAAGCAUCCAUACUUUCGGCUGCAUCUUGUUUUGGUUUUCGGCUGGUUGAUCAAUGGCCAAACGCUGUGUCCGAAAGCCCGUCACGGAGCAUCAUUAGCAGUUGGUUUGAGGGUAGAAUCAGUGAAGGGGACAUUGAAAAUCCAGCAUUGAACAUUAUGUACUUCCAUGCCAAGUAAGUGAUCUUGCCUUUUUAUCUUUCUCAAGCCUUCUUAAAAAGUUUGAGAAAUAUGGUAGAAUUUCUAUUCGUAAGCCGGGAGUCUUUUGGAAAACAGUAUUUUUCUAGUCUUUUAAGACGGGUAAUGUCCGGUUUUUUCAUCCGCGUAUGUUGUUUUGUAUCGGUACCGAGCUGUAUUCAUACUGGAUUAUUGUUAUACGAAAGGAUCCUAUA